AUGCUGAUCAAACUCGCGGCUUCAACCGAGCAGUACCACAAGAGCGAGGUCAAGGCGUGUCUCCAAGACCGAGCCACUUCGAGACCUGGCUUGAAAGCCCUCAUCACUAUGGAUCUCGUCAACGCUCAGGCCCACCACUUCUUCCAGGCUUACUUCCCUGACGUCCCAGCCGCCGACAAACACAUCCGCCAGCCGAUGUCAACCUUGGAACAGAUAUCGCCCUGCCAAAGCACCUAG